UCAAUGGUAGUCGACUCUAUCCCCGGUAGCUGGUCUAUCAGAUAGCGCGCUGCCAGUCCGAUCAAGCAGCUCACUCGAACUUCUAUAAAUCCAUCAGCUUGCUCGUCAAAAUGGUAUCGUGUCCCAUCUGCAGCAAGUCCGUCCCCAGCUUGAAGAUCAACGAUCAUAUCGAUUCCGAUUGUCAGAACUUUAUCGACGAGCCAAGUUCCAGCGCAGAAACCCCCUCCUCGCAAAAGGCUCCAGUCCCGUCCUUUUUCCAGCCAGCGUCUGCCCGGAAGGCUUCUACUCAGAGCAAUGCAUCACGAGAACCCAUCACGGACUCUUCCCCGCUGCGCAAUGUCAAUGGCAAGCGGACAGCCCCGCUAGCGGCCGAGGUCGCCGUCGAGACGAACCAUAAACUACAGAGUAAUGACCUACCGUCGGAGCCCAAGCGUCCCAAGAUGAACGCCUUCCAGAAAGCAGCCCCGUUGCCGGAGCGUAUGCGCCCGUGGACACUGGACGAGGUCUGCGGCCAGGAGCUGGUGGGUCCAACGGGGGUGCUGCGGGGACUCAUUGAGCAGGAUCGCGUGCCCAGUAUGGUCCUCUGGGGCGGGCCUGGCACAGGCAAGACGACCAUUGCGCGAGUCAUUGCGUCCAUGGUGGGUAGUCGCUUCGUGGAGAUCAAUAGCACCAGCAGCGGGGUUGCGGAGUGCAAGAAGAUCUUUGCCGAGGCCCGAAGUGAACUUGGCCUGACCGGCCGAAAGACCAUCAUCUUUUGCGACGAGAUCCACCGUUUUUCUAAGUCGCAGCAGGAUGUCUUCUUGGGGCCGGUGGAAAGUGGCCAAGUGACGCUCAUUGGCGCCACCACCGAAAACCCAUCCUUCAAAGUGCAGAGCGCAUUGCUCUCUCGAUGUCGCACGUUCACGCUAUCCAAGCUCACGGAUGAGGAUAUCAAAUCAAUCCUGCAGCGGGCGCUUCGUGUGGAAGGACCCAGCUACUCGCCUACAGAGCUGGUGGAUGAUGAGUUGAUUGAUUAUCUGGCACGAUUCUCCGACGGUGACGCGCGAACAUCUCUUAACCUCCUGGAGCUCGCGAUGGAUCUAUCCAAGCGUGCAGGGAUCACCAAGGACGAGAUCAAACGGGCCUUGACGAAGACGCUGGUGUAUGACCGUGCGGGCGACCAACACUACGACACCAUCUCAGCAUUCCACAAAUCCAUCCGAGGAAGCGACCCGGAUGCGGCGCUCUACUAUCUCGCGCGGAUGAUCCAGUCGGGAGAAGACCCUCUGUACAUCGCGCGACGGUUGAUUGUGGUGGCAUCGGAGGACAUCGGGCUGGCCGACAAUAGCAUGCUCACGCUCGCCAUUUCCACUCACUCGGCUGUGGAGCGAAUCGGCCUCCCAGAGGCCCGGAUCAAUCUGGCACACGCGACGGUGGCAAUGGCGCUGUCGAAGAAGAGUACGCGAUCGUACCGAGGCCUCAAUAAUGCUUUCGCGGCCCUGGCAGAGCCAGGAGUCGCCGGGCUGCCAAUUCCGAUUCACCUGCGGAAUGCCCCGACGCGGUUGAUGAAGGAGCUCGGGUAUGGGAAGGAGUACAAGUACAAUCCGAAUUAUGCGGAUGGGGAGGUGGUACAGGAGUAUUUACCGGAGCCGAUUCAGGGACGCAGAUUCUUGGAGGAGCUGGACUUGGGGACUCAGGUUGAUCCAGAUCUGAUGAGGUGAGAGGAACCGUGCCAUGUGAGCAUCUCGUACAUCAAAGAUGUACAAUCCCACUAGAACAUAGAUCAGGGC